AUGAAUGAUCUCCACUUGGGAUCAGAUGUCAAACAAGAACCCGAAGAUAGUUGUGUGGAACCGAUUGAUACAGAAAUGCAGACACUAUUGAACACCACUUCAAAGCCAUCGACAUCUCAAUCAUUACAAGAGAUUAUAAACGAAGACAUGAAUGGGAAGAGUAGUGAAGACUCGAUAGAAAUGCCAUCAAAACAAUGCGAACUAAAGUGUUGUCUGAGAAAAAGCGAGACAUUUAUCCCACACUUUCGUUGUCAACGCCAUUGGUGUCAAUUCAAGACCAGUUGUGAAACUGAUUUUACACAACACGUGAAGACACACUUACAACAGCACCGGCUGUCGAAAGCAUUGAGUGAUAUUAAGCCGUCGGCGCCUGUUGUCAAACUGUUGGAACCAAUUGUUAAGAAACGGUGUCAAUGGGAGGGAUGUACUUAUUUUGGGCCCAAUCUGUCGCGACACUGUCGGAUGAGACACACCCGUACCAGUCAACUGUCCCAUCCGUGCCAUCGGCUCGAUUGUGACAAACGGUUUGCAACUAAAUGUGCGCUCAAAACACAUAUGGAUUCACACAAGAAGGUGCGCGCAUUCGUCUGCGUUUGGCCCGAUUGUGGUAAACAACUGUCUACUAAAGAAUCACUCAAUAACCACAUGAAUGUCCACAACAACGUGAAGCCGUAUGCGUGCCAUUGGCCCGGAUGUGAGUACCGGUCAGAAUAUAGCGCUAAUGUGACGAUACAUAUAAAAAAUGUUCACAUGAAUGAGAAACAGCGGUGCGAUUGGCCUGAAUGUGAUUAUUUGGGAUUUAAUUUGAAUACACAUAAGCGCAUUCACACCGGCCAGACAUACCCAUGCGAUUGGCCUGAAUGUGGUAAACAGUUUACUAAUAAGCAAACACUCAAAUAUCAUAUUAAUGUCCACCAAAAUGUUAAGCCCUAUGCGUGCGAUUGGCCGGAAUGUGAGUACAGGUCAGGCAAUCGGCCCAGUCUUUAUACCCACAAAAAGCAUGUGCACACCGGCGGACCCGGUAAUCAUAAAAAAAACUGUUUGCCUGCCAUUGGCCCGAAUGUGGUAAACAGUUCUUCUCUAAACCGACGCUCACUGACCACAUGA